CCGCGCAGCUGGCGAUGAAAACAAACCCGUCGUGGCGCUCGCAGAAACAAGACGCAGUUCCGAAUCGAUCCGUGCAGCACUGAAAAUCCAUUUCGAAAACACAAAAUACCCGAAAUCGAGAAAACUGAAAAACUAAGAAAACGGAAGCAAACUACGCCCGCUGAAAACAUUCAACGAGACGUAACGAAAUUCGCGCUAAUUGGUGACAUUGGUGACACUUUUUCAUCGCUAUUGACUAAAGCAGAAGCAGCAGCAACAUGGCCAAGGACUUGAGCACUCUGGGCUGGGAUUAUCUGAUGUUUGUGCUGUUUAUAGCCCUUACCGUCUUGGGGCCGCUGUGGACACGCAUUUUUGGCAAAAAGAAGGAGCGAAGCAAGGCCGAUUAUGUUUUUGCCACCGGAGGAGUUUCGAUCGUGGCGGUGAUGAUUUCUAUAGCUCGAGGAACUUUGGGCGUAAGAUCCGUGCUGGGGUAUCCCAGUGAGUUGUACUACCGCGGAUCAGCCAUGUGGGAGAUAAUCUAUGGCAUGAUGAGUGCCUAUCCCAUCGUUUGCUUCAUGUUUGUGCCCGUCUACUUCAAUCUGGGCAUCACCUCCGUCUAUCAGUACAUCGAUCUAAGGUUCAAGAGCCGCACGGUGAGAUGCCUGGCAUCGGCGACGUAUAUUGUGCGACAGAUCUGCAACCUGGGCAUCACCGUUUACACUCCCAGCGUAGCCCUAUCCACGGUGAUUGGCAUACCCUACUGGGCCUCCAUCGUGGGCAUGGCCAUCAUUUGCAUAUUCUUCACCAUUAUGGGCGGCCUGAAGGCGGCUAUCAACGCGGACGUCAUCCAGACCUUGACCAUCCUGGUUGUCACUGUGGCCGUUUGCAUCCAGGGCACCAUUUCUACGGGCGGAGUGAAGAAGGUCUACCAACUAAAUCGGGACAAUGGACGUCUCAAUUUCUGGAACUUCACGGGCGAUAUGACUGUCAGAGUGGAUACCACCUCUGCGUGGCUGGGGCAGCUGUUUAUGUCCCUCUCCCAGAUUGGAUGCCAGCAGAACUUUAUGCAGCGCUAUGUCAGUUUGAAGUCGCUUAAGCAAGUGCGUCGAGUGAUGUUGACCAAUGUGCCUCUGGUGUUCUUCUUCUUUUCGCUCUCCUGGAUCUCCGGCAUGGUCAUCUAUUCAACGUACAUUAAUUGCGAUCCCUAUGCCGAGGGCUACAUUAAGAAACCCGAUGAGAUUCUGCCCUUCUUUGUGGAAGAUCAGCUUGGUUUCCUGCCCGGCUUUGUGGGUAUUUUCAUGGCCACUCUAUUUAACGGAGCCCUUUGCAUGAUGGUAUCCAAUCUGAACUCCCUGGCAACUGUUGUUUGGGAGGACUUCAUAUCACAGUUCCCUAAAUUCAAGGGAUUUUCAGACAAGCAACAGCUGAGAAUUCUGAAACUGAUCACCGUGAUCUGUGGCUUAAUCAUUAUGUGUGUGGCUUUCGGAGUUGGAUUACUGGCGGGCGUUAUUGAAUCCUCGUUGCUGGUGUUCUCAGCCACCUCGGGACCACUGUUGGGUUGCUUUAUCCUAGCCAUGAUGGUGCCUAUUGCCAACUGGAAGGGCACUUCCGCCGGCAUGGUCACCGCUUGUGCCUUUGUGCUGUGGAUCAUCGGCGGUGGCAUGACCAUUGACAAGAUCAACCCCAUGCUGCCCACCACCACAGAUGGCUGUACCAACGACACUUUCUCGCAAUCUAUCGGCAAGCCCAUUAUUGAGCCAGGACAAAUGCCCUGGCUGCUGACGCACACGCCCGUUGAUGGGUAUAACCAGAGCUUCGUGCCCACGCCACCCACCGUUGCACCUGAAAGAUCUGGACUGGAGAGCUUCUACUCGAUCAGCUUCAUGUACUACAGCUUAAUUGGGACCGCCUUGACCGUCAUUAUUGGCACAGUGAUCAGUUUGUUGACCCAGCAUCCGGAUGACGCCUACGACGGCAAGCUGCUGCAUCCACUGAUCUUUAGGCUGUGCGAGCGCUUCUCCGGCCGCAAGCCGUACUACGUGAAGCACGAGGAGGAGUCCGGAUUGAAUGGACGGAGCAGCAGCGAUUCCUCGGCCACGACGACGACCUGUAAGGAGGAGAAGGUCAACCAUGGGUACGAGUCCUCGCCGGAGGAGAAGGAGAAAAGCAGUCCCAUUGCCGUGGUCUUCACUACCUCCGAAGGGUCUGCAUCCGCGGAUCAGCAGUCCAUUUGCGACACCAGUAGGGUCCAAUUGGACAUCGUUCCGGGAGCGGGCGAAACGGGCGUGUAUCGCCAACUCGCCGGCCGAUCAGCGCUCUGAGGGUUAACUGUAUACAUACGUGUAUAGCUAGUUAACUCUAACACUUAGUCCGUAGUCUGUAAGAUAAGCUCUAGAGUAGACAAAUUAGUUAGCCAAGUGUUUCAAGUCUAUAAAGAUGCUGUGAUUUCUGUGCGCGACUGUUGUUGAGCAAUUGCUCGCGCAUUUGUAGCAACUCGAGUUUCAUUCGCAUGUACUUACCGCAUGUGUGUGUGCGUGGCAGCGUGCAAUAAAUAAAGACAAAUAAACGUAUUUUUAUACAAAAUCA